CUGCAUAGAGGAGCUACUUCCUGUCAGAGGACUGUGUGUCUGUGUAGACAAUGCGAGGGAAAGCUAUAGUUCUUCAGAGGACCGGGGCCCUCGCCUUCUUGGCUUUAGCCAUCCCCUCAACUGAGGCAUCGACGGCGCUGACCGACCCUAAAAUCUGCUACAUCCUUGAUGGCUUCCUGCUGCUGUACAGCAUCGUCAUCACGGCGCUCUUCUUCAAAAUCAGGUUUGGACAGAGAUCGGCGAACAAGGAAGACUCCAUCUACACGGACUUGAACAGGUCUCCUGACACCUACGAUCAGCUGAGGUCCCCCAGUGACGCUGAGGUCGGAACCAUGCGGGGGAACCAGAGACGGACUGAUGAUAGUUUAUAUACGCCUCUGCAGAAAGACACCGAAGACCCUUACAGACAAAUUGCAGUGAAGAAGCAGGGUCGCAGAAAUAAGGGCGAACAAGUGUACCAGGGCCUGUCCUCAACCACCAAGGACACUUAUGACUCCCUGCAGAUGCAGCCGCUGCCCCCUCCUCGCUAAAACCAGACGUCUCACUGUUUCAGCACUCAUCUGUACCACAGUAAUUACCCAUCACCCCCCCCCCCCCUUUUUUUUUAAAUAAAAAAAAAAAAGCACAGUAAGGUGGGACUGUAAGAUGAGGGCUUGUAUUGUUUAUAAAAAUGGCACAUUUAUGCAUUUCAAAUUUAAAGAUGUAUGCAAAUUUAUUACAGUAUGUUCACAGAAUUUUAAAUGUGGCUAUAUGUAAAAAAUUAUUAUACAAAACAUGCUUUGGUACAUCUGCAAUGUUCCGUUAAAUUGACUAAUUUGGAAGUUACUGAACAUUAAGUGUUCAAAAAGACUGCUCAGUUUCUGAAAAUUAAGCAUAAAUGAGAUUAUUCCUUUAUAAGACCAUUGUACAGUAGCUAUACUUUGCCUAAAUGUAAAUUAGACAUCAGGGGAAACCAUUGUAAAUUUUCUUUUGUGCUUACACAAUGUACUGUUUUUAAUGCAUUUAGUGAGUUCAUUAUUAUUCUGCAGUACAGUGUUCAAACAGUUCAUUUGUAGUGUUUGAUAGAAUGCCACCAGUAAGAUCCAUUCCAGGAAAGUCUUUAAACCCUGUUCUUGGUUAGUACUACAGGGGUAACUUUGUACAGAAGUCAAAUGAUCUCUUUGGAACCACUUAACUUUAGACAGUAGCUUUGUUUAAGGUCUUUGUUUUCCCAGAGUGUAUUUACAAAACAGGUGCAUAGUACAUUGAAUAAAUUUUAGAAAAUGACUAUUCAGCCUCUUCUUACAUAGUACCACCUCUUGCAAAUAUAUAUAAAGACAAACACACCUGUGAAUAUCCAGGUAUAGUACAAAAGUACAAAGAAAUCCUGACCUGAAAAUGUUUGGGAUGUGGU